AUGGUGUACGCCUUCAGCCUUCCAACCACCUCUCCUCUCUCGUUUCAAACAUUCAUAUCAUCAUCAACACAUCCCUCUCUUCCACAAUCCGCAUCUACUUCCCGUCAUGCUCUUCGCCUCGCCUUAAAGGCCCACAAGCGCCUACCCCGCGGCGCCCGACAAGAUGCCCACCUUCCAACCGUCCUCUCCGCACUACAAGACUAUCUCCCCUAUCUCUCUGCAAUCUCGCACGGUCUACGUGGUCAAUCUAUCAAAACAAAUUCUCUCCCCGGCAGCCACUAUGCAAGCUAUAAUACCUCCGAGAACCAACCACGCGCCAGCGAAGAGAUCGAGAUAACACUACGCGCCGAGAUCGAAUCUGCCUGGAAACCCACACUGUCAACCGGCAACACAUUAAACCUGAACUCUUCAGCGGGUAUCAAAUCCAACGGAAAAGGGGUCCGAGCCCGCGGAGGCCGUACCUCAGGCAAAGGCAUCAACUUCGAAAUCGCAUUCACGCUCACAACACUCGGCUACGUGCUGAGCCGACUUGCACGAGCGAGCGUCGUUCAAUCAGUAUAUGCACCUGUGACUCAAACCCCCGAGCAACGCACUGCGGCAGUGCAGACCGCCACACGGCACUUACUACAAGCUAGCUCGGUACACGGGCUUCUGGCCUCUUCGCCUUCUUUUUCCGUCGCGAAUUCCGGAUCUACAUCUGUGUCGGAUAUAGAGACAACGACCCAAUCCGCGCUGGCUUCACUUGCGCUCGCAGAGGCUACACUCCUCGCUGUGCUUAAAGAUGAUGCAUACGUCGCGGCGUGUAUCCAGGCGCGCAAUCCUAAUGAUCGGGAAUGGAUGGUGAAAGCGCCUGAUAUCCCAAAGGUGCGUGCUUUACUGUUUGCGCGCUUAUGCGUGCGCGCUGCCGAGUACGCGGAGCAGGCUGCUGCGGGACUUGGAAGUGUUGGCUCGGACAAAGGUAGUCGUCUCGAUGAUGAGAUUACGCGGUAUGCAGGUGUUCUGGGCCGUGUUGCUCGUGCACGAGCUUGUCGGUUCUUUGGAAUCGAUGCUGAGCUUGCAGGGAAAUGCGGUGAGGGUAUUGCAUGGCUGCGAGCUGCCCGCACACAGCUUGGGUUGCGCGGCACGGGUUCGGCUGGAUCUGAUGAUCCCAGUGGAGCACCGGCCACGUCCAAGAGUGGAUUUUCCCGUUUGAAGCGGGAGUGGACCGAGCGUCGAGAGGAGAAGAAGAUUGGCAAAGAUGCUGGGGGUGGGCGUAGUGAGAAGGGUCUUCUGGAACCGGGAGAUGAUGCAGGGCGCGAUGAAGAGGGUCGGGUGAUUACCAUGUUGGAGACGAAGUGGGUGCGCAUGAAUGAUACUAUUAAUACUCAAGCCAUUCCACCAUCCGCACCGUUGUUGUCUAAUCUACCAUCCGGUCGAGAUAUACACACCCCGCCAGCAGCAUAUAACCUUCCUUCAAUGGAUGCAGACCAGCUGAUUCUCAUGCGGGCUCCACCGAACGAGGACGAGAAUAUCUCCUUCGCGGAUGACCCUGAUGAUAGCGACGAGGAUUUUUCCCCCGAGACUCGAGGGACACCAGGAGGAUUCCCAGAUCGCAGUGACACAGCUUCGACUGCGUAUUAUUGA